UUCCCGGUUCGGCGCCCUCUCUUCUCCACCAAUCUUCUCCGCUUCCCUCCUCGCGCCCGCUCACAUCCCCAGUCCAGAUCCGCCGCAGGCGCCGCCCACCUCCCCGAGGCCAACGCGGACGCCGCCGCCCUUCUCCGGCGGUACGCUUCGCGCCCUCCUCUGGCGCUUGGACUCCGCGGAUACGUAGGUGGAGUAGACCACUGUUUGAACAAAGAUUGGGCAGAGGAAUGCGCUGUUAGUUCCUGGAGUAGCAGCUGCAAGAUCCAAACCCUCCCGCCAUGGAGAGUGGCGGCAUGGUUCUUGGCGUUGCUCGCCCCGAAGAAGCCCCCGACAGCAACGGCGCAGGGGCACGCGACGAUUUGGGGCAAUCGCCGAUGCAAGUCGACGGCCCCGUUGUCCUCAACCGGCCCGCCGAGCUCGACUCGGGUGACUCGAUGGCCACCGAUGACGCCCCGGCGCAAGCACCGUCAAGCCAACCGGAGGCGCCGAUGCAGCAGUCUCCUGCUACGCUGACGGACACCAUCGUGGAGGUGCAGAAGCAGCUGAAGCGGAAGAGGGCCUCCAACGGCCCGGCGAUUGCUGACGCGGACAAGGACGCUCUUGUCGCCGGAUGCCGGCAGGAGCUCGAGGGCCUCUUCCAGUAUUACAAGGAGGUUUCUGAUCGCAAGAUGCAGUUUGAUGGUGGGAACCUGUCCGGCAACGCGUUGGUUGGCUGCUUGCUUGAGGAGAGCAGUCUUGGGCUGACCAAGUUGGUGGACGAGAUAUAUGAGAAGAUGAAGGGAUUGGAGGGUGUGUCGACGGCUUCGGUCCGUAGCUCUGUCCUGCUCGUUGGGCAGAGGAUGAUGUACGGGAAAUCUUCCCCGGAUGCUGACGUGUUGGAAGAUGAAUCAGAGUCAGCUCUUUGGUGCUGGGAGAUAAGAGAUCUGAAGCUGAUGCCUGUGAAAGCACGCAGCACUCUCGGUACAAGGAGAUCUGUCAGAAAGAAAAUCCAUGAUAGGAUCGAUGCCAUCUAUUCAACUUUGUCAGUUCUGGAAAACCGAGGAGUUGAAACCCAAGUGAAUGAUCUCAGGAAAGCAUCAUUAAAAUUGAAUAAAUCAUUGAACCUGGAAGAGAUCAGAUUAAUGGUGGAACGAGUGACUCAGAAGAACAACACAGAAAGAGGUGUGAGAGAUGCUGGGUCAACAGCUAAGGAAUUGAUGAAAGAAGCAGAGAAAAAUGGCCAAAAUGUUAGCAGACUUGACGAUGCGAGUGUCUCUGAACUGCAGAAUGGAAACUUGCCUGCUAAUGAAAAGGAGAUUCAGAAAGUGCAAAAACAAGUUGAGAAGGAAAUAAAACGCCAGGAGAAAGAAGAAGCUCAGAUGAGGAAAUUACAAAAGAAACAGCAAGAAGAGGCACUAAGGGAACAGAAGAGACGUGAAAAGGAAGAAGCUGAAGCUAAGAAACAACAAAAAAAGCAAGAAGAGGAAGCAUUGAAAGAACAGAAGCGUCGUGAAAAGGAAGAAGCCGAAAUGAAGAAACAGCAGAAAAAACAGCAAGAGGAAGCUGAGAAAGAACAGAAACGGCGUGAGAAGGAAGCUGCACAACUCAAGAAGCAACUAGCCAUUCAAAAGCAAGCUUCUAUGAUGGAGCGCUUUUUCAAAAGUAAGAAAGACAGUGGAAAACUUCAAAAAUCUGGAGAUAAUGACUCGGCUGGUCCCAUUAACAAAAAAGAAGUUCCAGCAACCACAUCAAAAAUUGAUUCUUCCUUGUCUCAACAAGAGAACUGGGUUUUAGAGGAUCUUCGGAGAUUGCAGGUCACUGGUUGGCAGAAGCUAUCUAGCUACAAUAGAUCCUCCAGAUGGAGUAUUAGGCGCAAACCCAAGGUGGAGGCAUUUAAAGAGCUCAAGCUUCAAAAAUCUUCAGAUGAUAUGGUUGAUGAAAUACUUUCCACUCAAAAUGAAGAUAGCUGCCACAACUCAAGUCAGGAGAAUGAACAUGAUAAGCUUGAAAGUGACAUUGACAUGCUACCAACAAGUGAGGCGCAAUGUCAUGGCACCAGUAAUGCUAAACCUUUGCAAACUAGAUUGAUUAGGAGGAAACUUCUGCAAUUUGACAAAAGUAACAGGCCAGCGUAUUAUGGGACCUGGAGGAAGAAAAGUGCUGUUGUUGGCCCAAGAUGUCCACUUAAGAUGGAUCCUGAUCUUGACUACGAGGUUGAUAGUGAUGAUGAAUGGGAAGAGGAGGAUCCUGGUGAGAGUCUUUCUGACUGUGAGAAGGAUGGUGAUGAAGUUAUGGAAGAAGAUUCCAAAAUUACAGAUGAAGAUGAAGAUAGCUUUGUUGUGCCUGAUGGCUAUCUCUCGGACAAUGAGGGGAUACAGAUAGAAAGUCUAUUGGAUGAUAAGGAUGCGGAAGCUUGUAGCUCACCAACUGGUCAGUGCACAGAAGUUGAAGAAUUCAGGUCUUUACUCCGCCAGCAAAAAGUCCUGAACACUUUGACUGAGCAGGCUCUUCGGAAGAGCCAGCCUCUUGUUAUAUCCAACCUAUAUCAUGAAAAAGCUGAAUUACUGACUGCCGAAGACCUCAAGGGAACAGCAAAGGUUGAACAACUAUGUCUGCAAGUUCUUUCAAUGCGCAUCUGUCUGGGAGGUGCGGUUGUUGAUGUGCCUUCUAUUGACAACUCAUCUGCAAGUGCUGAGGAAAUUAACCAGUCCAAUGUGAAAAAUGGUUCUCCUGCUUCUGCAUCUGCUAUACCAGAAACAGACCUACCAGAAAUUGUUCAGGUGAUUCGAUCAUGUCGAGAUGGUAUCAACAAGGUGGUCGAAUUACUGCAUCAGAAGUUUCCAAAUGUUUCAAAGUAUCAAUUAAACCGUAGAGUGAGGGAGAUAUCUGACUUUGUUGAUAAUCAUUGGAAGGUCAAGAAAGAGAUUCUUGACAAGCUAGGCCUGGAUUCUUCACCAGGUACUCUUCUCCACCUGUUCUUUUGGCGAUAUGAAUACUUGGCCUUGACAAAUAUUCUCACAAACGAUUGUUUUUCAGUGAAAUGCAAAAAGACUAAAGGCAUAGCCAUGUACUUCUCGAAGCGGUGUUUACCUCCAGAAGAGGCCAUCAAUGCUCUGGCAUCUUCACCUGAGCUGUGCUUGAAAUCUAAAACCAUUCAAAAUGGCAACGGUGGCACUGAAGCUCCUCAGAUUAAUCUGUUCCCCUCGUCCCAGUAGAGUCCUGAAGCUUUAUUCCUCAGGAUCAGGGUUCCAUGGAGCUGUGCGCAAAGAUGAGCACUGAGUAACAGUGGUGCGUGUACAAAGACUACAGAAGCGCAGCUUAAUUUUCCAUCUUCACUGACUGAAGAUGACCCAACUAGAACUUGGGUUUUUGACAACAUGGAGGUCUGGAUAAUGUUUCUGGGUGCUGACAUGUUGUAAUUUUAGCCAAAAAAUAAGUUAAUUUAUGAAGGAUACUGGUUGAUGUAUUUGGUCUUGAUGUGUCCAACAUGUAUCUAUCAAUUGUUAACGCAGGCGGCAGGCCAUUUGAUCUGAAAUUGCUCAUCGCCUGCAACUUGUGUUAACAGUGUUUAUUUA